AAUCGGCGAAGACUGAAGAAGUGUACGCUGCACAGUGCUCGGAGAGCGAUGCCGACGAGAAACCUGGUGCUCCUGGCGUGCUUGGUGUCGCUGGUGGCAGCAAUCGCCGCCGUUGAUUCAAAAUCAGACAGCUCCGGCGAGUGGCACAUCCUCACGAAGCAGAACUUCUCUUCUCAGAUCCGUCUCCAUCCUCACAUCCUCCUCUUCGUCACUCUUCCAUGGUCCGGUGAGUGUCGAUCACUCAUGAGAGACGUGGCGAAGUUGGUCACUGAUCGACCUGAAGAGUUCAGGUCGCUGAAGCUGAUGGUGUUGCACAGAAAUACAGAGAAGAUGGUGGCAACUGCGAUCGGUGCUGCUUCAGAAUGGGAGGAAAUUACGGCUUUGUACUAUCACCAUUCUGUUUCGUACAAAUAUGGAGGGAGGCUUCGAGCGCAGAACAUUUUGAGUUCAAUUCGUCCCUAUGUGUCGGUUUUAGGUGAAGAACUUCCAUUCAAAUCGCUGAAGAGUCCGGAAGAGUUGAAAGCUUUCGUUGAUUCAACUGACAAAGCUUUGGUUGUGUUUGAGUUUUGUGAAUGGACUCCUAAAUUGGUGGCCAAGAGGAAGAUGAAUGGGACUGAUCACAGUGGCUUUGGGGAAUUUUUUGGGUUAAACUUGAAUGCAGAGACAAAUAGAACCGACUGGCAGAAGAAUAACCAGAAGGGUAUGGAAACUGCAAAGAUGAAGUGUAAUGUUGAUAAUGAGCUUGGUGCAGUUCCUUGGGUUGGGGACUUCAGCUCAGUAAAUGACAGUGCUGCUUCUGAGGAGACUGAGAACAGUAGGCCUGAUGGUGCAUCGUUUUGCACACUUGAAGAAUAUCAGUUGUUUGACUCUUUCUUCUCAAAGUUCAUGACUAUUGCAAGAGAGUUCGUUCUGCCUCCUGAAAGGCAUAAAUUUGGUUUGGUCUCAGAAAGAUCUAUGCUCUCAGCUCUUGGUAUUGGAGAUUCCAGUUCGUGGUUGGCAGUGCUAUACUUUGCUGGAUGUCCCAGUUGUUCGAAGAUUAUUAAAAAAGAGGAUGACCUUAAUAAUGCUUUAAAGAUGGAUAGUUUAGUUAAGAGCAUAAGAGUAUUACAUCCUUUGCAGCUCCUUAUUAUCUCUCCCUAUAUCUUGCUUUCUUUUUCUGUGUAUUACACUGUCCACUAUUUAUUGCUUACAAUUGGCUGUGAUAAAUUGAUUCAUUGGAUUCUGCAGCUAGAGGGUCAUGGCAACACUUUGGAGCCUGCUUUGCCUGCAAACCAGCCAUCAGUUCUCUUAUUUGUGGAUAGAUCAUCUGACUUGUUAGAGACUAGAAUCAAUGGCAAGGAAGCUCUUGAUGCUUGUCGGAAGCUGGCACUGCACUAUCACAUGCCGGACCAGAUUGGCAGUCAAAGUAAAGACAAGCAUGAGAAAUCCUCAUCCCAGCAUUAUCAAGCAUUAAGGACCACAUCUGGACAUCCUAAAUUAAAAUUAUCUCAGACAGUGCAGAUUAGCAAACUAGAAGACAAGAUGUCUACUUUCACAAUUAUAAAUGAGGGCAAACAAUUCACAGUGGAGAAGUUGGCUUUGGAUCUAAAGGGUAAUUCCUUGCAGGAUAUCUUGGAAAUUGUACUUAAGCAAAAGAAGAAAGCUAAGUUAAGCUCACUGGUGAAGGAUUUGGGUUUCCAACUUUUGUCAGAUGAUAUGGACAUCAAACCAGAGAGUACAUUGCCAUUACCGAUGGAAUCUGAAUCUGAUACAGUUACAGAAGAGCCAUAUAAGGAGGGCCUUGCUACAAGUAGUACUGACUCAGACAGAGAUCAACAGCCAGAUGCAACAAGUAUAUCUACCGAACAGCAUCCAGAAACUUCUGAAGUCAUGGAUACUGAAACGUCAUCUCAGAACAAUGAAGAAAAAACAGAUUAUGUUGAUACAAGCAAUCAGAUCUUAUCUGUCAAUAGUGAGCAACAGCUUGCAGAUCAUAAAUGUGAAGAUUUAGAUACAGAAGAAGAUAGUAAUCCACAGGGCGAAAAGUCAGCACAGCAGCAGCUUCACUUUCAAGGCUUUAAGGGUUCAUUUUUCUUUUCUGAUGGUAAUUGUCGGUUGCUUCGAGCGCUGACUGGCAGUUCAAAAUUUCCAGCCCUGGUAAUAGUUGAUCCCAAUAUGCAGCAGCAUUAUGUCUUCCCAGAGGAGACUAAUGUCAAUUAUUCUUCACUGGUUGAUUUUGUUUCCGCCUUUCUUAAUGGAAGUCUUCUUCCAUAUCAACAGUCUGAAACUGUACUUGAAAGGUCUAGGAAAGCCACUCAACCACCAUUUGUUAAUCUGGACUUCCAUCAGGUGGAUUCUAUCCCUCGAGUGACAACUCACACUUUCUCUGAGCUGGUUGUUGGGUUCAAUCAAUCUGACAGUGAUGCUUGGAAUAAGGAUGUCCUAGUUCUUUUUAGCAAUAGAUGGUGUGGUUUUUGCCAGCGAAUGGAGUUAGUUGUUCAUGAAGUAUACCGAGCUAUGAAGGAUUAUGCUAAGAUGCUGAAAAGGGAAUCAAAGAAUGACAAAUCAACGUUUCACGAUAAUAUGACGGGCGACGUGAAAAAUGAAAUGCUGGAGCUGCCAUUAAUGUACUUGCUGGAUUGCACAUUGAAUGAUUGCAGUUUGAUACUGAAAUCGAUGAAUCAGAGGGAGGUUUAUCCUACUCUGGUGCUCUUUCCAGCAGAAAAGAAGCAUGCUCUUCCUUAUGAAGGAGAUAUGGCAGUCACUGAGAUUUUCAAUUUCAUGGCUGAUCAUGGAAGUAACUCUCAUCAUCUUACCAGUGAAAAAGGAAUGUUGUGGACUUCAGCUGAAAAGAGAGGAAGAAAUCAAGAUUUCUUUAUGGUUCAGUCAUCUGACGUUCAUGAGCAGUCUAAGGACACGCUUCAUGAAGUCCUAUUAACAAAUGUUCAUAAACCAGUAAUUGAAGACAAGCAGAUCAAGUCUCACAUACCCCAAGGCUUGCAUGAAGCACCCCCGAAUGUGGUGGUUGGUUCUGUCCUAGUUGCUACUGAUAAACUUCAUAGCGUACACCCCUUUGAUAAAUCAGAGAUUCUCAUUGUGAAGGCAGAUCAAGUUACUGGAUUUCAAGGUUUAAUUAUCAACAAGCAUAUCAGAUGGGAUGCUCUGCCUGAAUUGGGAGAAGGAGUUAAGAUGUUAGUAGAAGCCCCUUUGUCCUUUGGAGGACCGCUUAUAAAGGGUGGAAUGCCUCUUGUCGCGUUAACUCAAAAAUUUGUCAAGGAUGAAUAUCCGGAAAUCUUACCAGGCAUUGCAUUUCUUGAUCCAUCAGCAACAAUUCAAAAAAUUAAAGAGCUCAAGUUAGGAAAUCAAUCUGUCACUGACUACUGGUUUUUCUUUGGGUAUUCAAGUUGGGGUUGGGACCAGCUCUUUGAUGAGAUUGAUAAAGGAGCUUGGAAUUUAAGUGAUGAUGGUAUGAGACAUUUAGAUUGGCCAUCAAGUUAGGUAUUUCUUUCUUAUUUAACAUGAUAGAGCUUUUGGAGUAUUGCAAGAAGGAACUCCGGGGAGAAACUAAGCAAAUACAAAGGAAAAUACAGAGAAUAGGUCAGCACACAACCAUUUGAUCUGCUUGUAACCUUUUUGUAGUAUUGAAUUUGUUUUCUGCAAGACUGUAAAUAUUAGCUCUUUUAGUUCACACCUGA